UUGCCUCUUGCUGCUAUCUUAUCGGAUUUCCAAAUGGCCUCAAGAAGAAUGCUGCAUGCGGCCGCGGCGGUUUGCGCGCUGGCGCUGGCGCUGUGCGCGAGCAGCAUUGGCGCGUCGUCGUCGUCGCCGGCGGCGGGAGCGAGAGCGGGGUGCCGGAAGCACGUGGCGAAGAUCACGGAGUACGGGGGCGUCGGGGACGGGAAGAGGUCGAACACGGCGGCGUUCGCCAGGGCGGUGGCGGACCUGUCCAGGCGCGCCGGCGACGGCGGCGCGGCGCUGGUGGUGCCCAAGGGGAGGUGGCUGACGGGGCCCUUCAACCUCACCAACCACUUCACCCUCUUCCUCGACCACGGCGCCGAGAUCCUCGCUUCCCAGAAAUUGGAAGAUUGGCCUCUGAUAGCUCCCCUGCCAUCCUACGGAAGAGGAAGGGACGAGCCUGGCCCAAGAUACAGCAAUUUCAUUGCAGGAUCAAAUCUCACAGAUGUCAUCAUCACCGGUAGGAAUGGCACGAUCAACGGACAGGGCCAAGUCUGGUGGGACAAGUUCCACGCCAAGGAACUCACCUACACUCGCGGCUACCUGCUCGAGCUCCUCUACUCUGACAACAUCAUCAUCUCCAAUGUCACCUUCGUCGACUCGCCGUCGUGGAAUCUCCAUCCCACCUACUGCACCAACGUGACCAUCAGUGGCGUCACCAUUCUUGCGCCUGUCCACUCGCCCAACACUGAUGGAAUCGACCCAGAUUCUUCUUCCCAUGUGAAGAUCGAGGACUGCUACAUCGUGUCCGGCGACGACUGCAUCGCCGUGAAGAGCGGCUGGGACCAGUACGGCAUCAAGUUCAACAAGCCGAGCCAGCACAUCCUCAUCCGGAGGCUCACGUGCAUCUCCCCGACGAGCGCCAUGAUCGCGCUCGGCAGCGAGAUGUCCGGCGGCAUCCAGGACGUGCGCGCCGUGGACAACGUCGCCAUCGACACCGAGUCGGCCGUGAGGAUCAAGUCCGGCGUGGGCCGCGGCGGCUUCGUCAAGGACGUCUUCGUCCGCGGCCUCAGCCUCCACACCAUGAAGUGGGUCUUCUGGAUGACCGGCAACUACGGCCAGCACCCCGACAACUCCUCCGACCCCAACGCCCUGCCGGAGGUCACCGGGAUCAACUACAGCGACGUGUUCGCCGAGAACGUCACCAUGGCCGGCAGGAUGGAGGGCAUCCCCAACGACCCCUACACCGGGAUCUGCAUAUCCAACGUCACCGCGCAGCUCGCGCCGGACGCCAAGAAGCUGCAAUGGAACUGCACCGACGUCAAGGGCGUCACCUCCGACGUCUCGCCGAAGCCGUGCCCGGAGCUCGGGGCGGCGGGCAAGCCAUGCGCCUUCCCGGAGGACGAGCUCGUCAUUGGCCCGCCGGAAUUGCCAAAAUGUAGCUACUGAAUUAUACUGAUAUAGGAUUAUAGUAUGAUGAGAUGCCUAAGACCGAAGAGAGAUAUGUAUGGUUUAGUCGUAGUGAAGUCAACCAGUUUGAAAAUGCUGCAGAAUAAUCUCUUUACAUCCAAUCCAUAUAAGAUUGCUCAUCCG